CCCCAUUGCUUUCUCCCAUGCACUUGUCUUCUCCACCCCAACACUGCUUGUGUUGUGCUCUCUCUCUCUCUCUCUCUCUCUCUCUCUCUCUCUCUCUCUCUCUCUCUCUCUCUCUCUCAAAACUGCCACACACUACACUUCGUCUUUCCUUCUCUUUUAAGUUGUCUCUCCUCCAGCCCAGUCUUCCCAAAAUAAAUUGUCUCUGACUCACUUCUCCAUCUCAACUUGUCACCCAUUCCCUCUCCUAACUCCUCUCUAACACAAACACAAACACCACUGUUCAAAGAUGUCUAGUAGAAGGUCACGGUCGAGGCAGUCAGGAAGUUCAAGGAUUACUGACGAUCAGAUCAAUGAUCUCGUCUCCAAGCUACAAGCACUACUACCUGAGAUUCGCAACAGGAGCACCGACAGGGUACCAGCAGCUAGGGUUUUACAGGAGACAUGCAACUACAUAAGAAGCUUACACAGAGAGGUCGAUGACCUGAGCGAGCGGCUCUCAGAGCUAUUGGAGACAACGGACACCAGCAGUGCCCAGGCCGCUAUAAUUAGGAGUCUACUCAUGUAAUGGAAUCUCUGAUUAUCUUCGUUCGUCCUCUUUGUAGGGUGGUAAGAUGUCCAAAAACAAGGGUUGGAUUGGAGUCUAGGGUAUCCCUUUGCAAGAAACAUGUGGUAAUUAAGUCAUAUAAUAAAAAGUGCUUGCACUUAAAAAGUCCCUCCUUAAUUUUCAUUACAUGUUAAAGCAUGUUGAAGAUUUUGAUGCCUCCAAGCUAAAGCUAUGUUGCUUUCAAAGGGUUUAAAAUAAAAUAUCCUACCGUUGAUGGUUA